AUGUCGGCAGCGGAGCGCGCGCUCGAGACCCCAUCAGAUGGGAGCUCUCAUCUAUCCAGACAGGAAGACAGCGCUGGUAAAAGCUCGUCUCUCUCUUCUCCGUCAUCAGCGUCUCUCAGAGCUAAAAUGAGCGUCUGCGGUCCAUCUUCAUCACUCUCCUCCUCCUCCUCCUCCUCAGCUCCUGCUAAAGUCCACCGUGCUCGAAGAAAGAGGUGUGGUGACGUGGCUCAGGGUUAUGAGAACGUUCCCAUCCCGUGUGUUAACGGCGUGGACGAUGAAGGCUGUUCGUCUGACUAUAAAUACAUCGCAGAGAACUGUGAAACAUUGAUCAUGAACAUCGACCGCAACCUCACACACCUGCAGCACUGCAGCUGUUCAGACGACUGUUCCUCCAGUAACUGUCUCUGCGGGCAGCUCAGCAUCCGCUGCUGGUACGACAAGGAUCAUCGCCUCCUUCAGGAGUUUAAUAAAAUCGAGCCUCCUCUGAUCUUUGAGUGCAACAUGGCCUGCUCCUGCCAUAAAACCUGCAGGAACCGAGUGGUUCAAGCUGGAAUCAAGGUGCGUCUGCAGCUCUACCGGACGGAGAAGAUGGGAUGGGGCGUCCGAGCGCUUCAGGACGUUCCUCAAGGCAGUUUCAUCUGCGAGUAUGUUGGCGAGCUGAUCUCUGACGCAGAAGCAGACGUGAGGGAGGACGACUCGUACCUCUUUGACCUGGACAACAAGGACGGUGAAGUGUACUGUAUUGAUGCCUGUUAUUACGGUAACAUCAGCCGCUUUAUAAACCACCUGUGUGACCCCAACAUCAUCCCGGGCCGUGUGUUCAUGCUGCACCAGGACCUGCGCUUCCCUCGCAUCGCCUUCUUCAGCUCCAGAGACAUUUUCACCGGACAGGAGCUCGGGUUUGAUUACGGCGAUCGUUUCUGGGACAUCAAGAGCAAGUCCUUCACCUGUCAGUGCGGCUCAGAGAAAUGCAAACACUCGGCGGAGGCCAUCGCACUGGAGCAGAGCAGACUGGCCCGUCUGGACGUCUGUCCCGAAACGGCUGGAGAAGACAGUCUCCCUGUGUUAGGACACUCGUGAUGGGACAGCUCUCAAAUGUGCGCUUACCUGCAGGUGUUUGCAGCUUUGCAUUUCUUCCAUCUGACAGGACACAGGAAACUAUGAGAUGACACAACGGCCUGAAGUUCACCGCCAGGAUGUGACAUUCAGAUUCAAGGCUGUCGUGUUACAAAAUUGUUACAAAACCUGUGUUUUUAUGCAAACUGCCAUCAGAUCACAAACAGAUCACAAACUUUUUUUGUACUGUAUGUGUACUUGUUUUAAUAAAUACUGUUUGAUACAGAAAUCUCUUUUCCUUUUGUCGUUGUUUUCACAAAUCUCAAUGUACCAUGGGAAUCAAAUGCAAUAGUUUCUAUAUUGUUUCUGUAGAAUCAUAAAUUGCUAUUAGAAGGGAUACUGAGGUGGUAUCAUAGUACAGUAAUGGCUUCGGAUGGUAGUAUUGUGGUACUUUGAUAAAUACCAUAGUUAUUCACCACACAAUUUACAUGAUAUUUUUCACAUUGCACAUUCUUCCUCAUGUGUUGACCUGUAUUAUUAGUCUAAGUGUGUCAUUGAGUGGAUUGUAGUACUCGUUUCUGAUAAGAGUCUGGGUUACUGUACAGAAAAAUCUAUCAUUUCAGGGUCAGUGUUAUCAGUCUUAACUUUACUGUGUUGUGGGGUGAGGAUAAUAGUGAAAUCUGAAGAUAGUAAACAGAAUCUGUGUUUUGUUAUUUAUACGUCUUUGUUUGAACUUCAGUUUCAUGACGAAAAAUACAGUAAUUGUAAUUUC